AUGUCUCACAAAACACAGAAUACCCGCAGUCCUGUCACUCCAGCUUGGUGGAAGGAGGCAUCGGUAUACCAGAUCUACCCUUCUUCCUUCAAAGACACGAAUGGAGAUGGCAUCGGUGAUAUCCCUGGUGUGAUCGAGAAACUCGACUACUUCAAGCAACUUGGUGUUGAUAUUGUUUGGUUAUGUCCUGUCUAUCCAUCUCCCCAAAUCGAUAUGGGAUAUGAUGUCGCCGAUUACCGCGACAUUGAUCCUCAGUACGGAACUUUGGCUGACGUUGAACGAUUAAUCGAGGGUCUACACUCAAGAGGCCUGAAAUUGCUGAUGGAUCUUGUCGUCAACCAUACUUCUGACCAGCACAAGUGGUUUCAAGAGUCCAAGUCAUCCCGAGACAAUCCUUACAGGGACUGGUACAUUUGGAAAAAGCCUCGAUAUGACAAAGAUGGCCAGCGACACCCACCCAACAACUGGCUUUCUUACUUUCGAGGCAGUGCGUGGGAAUACGAUUCGGCUUCUGAUGAGUACUACCUUCACCUGUUCGCCAAAGAACAACCCGACCUCAACUGGGAAUAUGCUCCAGUGCGCGAAGCUGUACAUGAUAUCAUUCGUUUCUGGUUAUACAAGGGCGUUGACGGCUUUCGAAUGGAUGUCAUCAACUUUAUCAGCAAAUCGGAAGGCUUGCCUGAUGCUCGAAUAACGGUUCCAGGAGCUGAGUAUCAAUUUGGCCAUGAUCAUUACGCUUGCGGUCCGCGACUUCACGAGUAUCUUCGCGACAUUGGCUCGAUCCUCAAAGAGUAUGAUGCCUUCUCGGUCGGCGAGAUGCCUGCUGUUCAAGACCCCAAAGAAGUCAUCAAGAGUGUCGGUGAGAGCCGCGGCGAGUUGAACAUGAUCUUCAAUUUUGAGAUCGUUGAUAUGGAUCAUGGCGACCAAGGGAAAUUCUCCGCAAAGAAAUGGGAAAUGAAAGAACUCAAGACGAUCGUCAAUAAGUGGCAGAAUUUUAUGUACAAGAACAAGGGCUGGGACGCCCUGUAUCUUGAGAACCACGACCAAUCGCGCUCUAUCAGUCGGUGGGUAUCUGAUAAGCCCGUGUAUCGUGAGCUGUCGGCCAAAAUGCUGUCGACAUUCCUCUGCUUUCAAAGCGGAACUGUGUUUGUGUACCAAGGCGAAGAAUUGGGCAUGGCCAAUAUGCCGCCAGAGUGGGAAAUGACCGAGCAUCGAGAUGUCGAAACCUUGAACCAUUGGGAAGAGUUGAAGCAGACAACUGGUUCUGAUGCCAAGGUUCUAGAGCUUGCUCGAAAGGAGUACCAGCUCAAGGCGCGAGAUCACGCGAGAACACCUGUACAAUGGGACUCCUCGCCCAACGCUGGGUUUACAACUGGCACGCCUUGGAUUAGAGUCAAUGACGACUAUCAACAGUGGAAUGCGGCAGCCCAAGUCGGCACACCAGGUAGUGUAUUUGAGUACUGGCGAUCUGCGCUUUCGCUACGCCAAGAGCUCAAGAAUGCUGUCGUCUACGGUGACUUUGAGUUGCUUGACGCAGAGAACAGUGAUAUCUUUGCGUACACUCGAUCUAACGGAAAACAAAAGAUUGUCGUCGUUUGCAGUUUCCGAGAUCGAGGCAUCGCCUGGCCCAUACCUGCUUCCAGCGGCUUACAGUCGGGUCAGGUUUUGCUGUCCAACUAUCCGGAAGUUGAUUUGUCCCAGGACGUGAUCUCAAUCCGCCCUUUCGAGGCUUUUGUUUGCCUUGUUGGGUAA